UGGGGGUAAUUUUGUUUUUGUCUUUUUCAGCAAAGCAUUUGUACUUUGCCGUUAGACCCAGACACCCCUUACCCGAAGUACCGAGAUAAGCUCUGCCGAAAGCCAUACUGUGUUGAUUCUCUCAAGAUCUUCUUCUGUUCUUUGGUGAUGGUAGGGUCUGUGGCCGUGGCACUUCUCAUUCUAUAUUUCACGCUAGGUGAUCAAGUUGCAGAAUCAGAUACUUCAUUAUCUCCGAAAAUCAAAAUACAAGAAAAUGUUGCUAGCCAGUUGGACCGCCAGGGAACAGGAGACAUUCUGCCAGAAAAAAAUUUUAUUGCUGAAAAAGUCGAGGGUAGAGCUUUCGGAGAUGGCGCUAAUCGAGAAAUGCUAGUUCACGAAAAGACGACGUUUGCUGUUGAGACUAACCAAAAUUCGGCCAUGUUGCUCAAUACUAAACCACCUGGUCUUUCUAUAACGCCCACCAGGGUGCUAAAUACGCAGAGUGUGAGUGACAUCGAUUCCAUUGUUUCAGUAUCGUCUUCUAUCAGACAGUCAUCUAAAAUAUUUUCGGUCAUUGGCGAGUCACCCAUAAAAUCACCAUCACGAGAAAUGUCUCUUGACAGCGAUGUAUCUGAUAAAUCUACCUCCUACAUAGAUGUGUUUUCCGUGAAAUCCUCCCCUGUUUUACAACCCACGUCGUCAAUGGAUCCAUCUGUUGCUUAUCUGGACGAGUCGGAAUCCACAGCCUCAGCCGCACGUUCUGAAACUCCACUAGCAACAGAUCUUUACCUCAUGAAACUCGAGGGACCAAAACGAAAAUUAGCCACGUUGAGCAACGUCGAAGUUGAAGUGAUAACUGUCAGCUCAGACAUUGCAAACAGUGAUUCACUUGCUGUUGUUGUCAGUAACCAAAUGGGGAAAUCAGCAUCAACGGUGUCUAAUGCAGAGACUGGGCGUUCAACAUACAAGGAGGACAUUAACAUUGGAGUAUGUAGAGACAGGAGAUAUGCUUUCUGUGAUGACACCUUGCCGUACAAUAAAACUAUUCUGCCAAAUGUGGUCGGAGACACCAGUUAUGACGAAGUCAACAGGUCUCUCCCCUACUUCGAACUCAUUCUUCGAUCAGAGUGCAAUUUUCGAAUCAAGCAGCUUGUCUGUGCCAUUUUGGAACCCGAAUGCAAAAACAACAGGCCAGUGGCGCCUUGUAGGAAAUUCUGCAGAGUUGCAACACAAGGCUGUGAAGAGUACAUCCCUGUUGCCUUAGAACUAUCCCAAGUGUUCCAGUGUCAGAAGUACCCAGAUUCAAACAAUCCAAACGUUUGUGUUAAUCUGGCUCAGAAAGUAUGUUUAAGUGGCGAAUUUCAGUGUCCCGAUAAGGCGUGCAUCCCCAAACAGUGGCAAUGUGAUGGCAUUCGAGACUGCAUAUACGCUGCAGACGAGGCUAACUGUAACGCAUGUACUGCAGAUGAAUAUCAGUGUGAUCAGAAGUGUGUUCCCAGCACUUGGAGGUGUGACGGGGAACCAGACUGUUUAGAUGGAAGUGAUGAAAGGGGCUGCCCUAGUGAACCAGCAUGUGAACCUGACCGUUUUCAAUGCAUAGAUGGCUCAGGAUGUAUCACUAGAAGAUGGGUUUGUGAUGGCCAAGCUGAUUGUACUGAUGGAAGUGAUGAAAGGGAGUGUUCCAAGAGAGAGUGUGCUGUCGAUGACUUCCGUUGUAACAAUGGCAUCUGUAUUCCACCUGUCUGGCGUUGUGAUGGACAAAAUGAUUGUAGAGACAACAGUGAUGAACUAAACUGUGAGAGUGUGAGAAGCAGAGUUAGUACAACAACCAACUGGAAAGCAAGUCAACGACAUUGACCAUUUAGAAAUUUUCUUUAAUUACAUAAGGUUAAAGCUUUUGUUGGGCAUCAGAAAGUUGGACUGAGUUUUCUUUUCUUUUUUACAGGCAUAUUAAGGUCGCAGAGUUUUAUUUAGGCAGUAAAAUAUCGAAAUUAUGACUUGUUAUUCUGGUUACUAUAGGUGUUCAUGAAUCAGAUUAAGUCAAUGACAAACUAGCAAUAAAUACAAGGAUAGAAGGAGCAAUUUUUCAUGUUGUUUGUUGUAACUUAUUUUAACAUGUAAAGUUCUUUGUUUUAUAUUGGGACCAAUAUUAUAUGUUAAUAACUAAAGAUAUUAGAAGAUCAGCAAACAUGAUUUUCUUGAAAAGGUCCUUUUUUCAUGGUAGAAAAACAAUUAUAAAGGUGAAUUUUGGUACAAGUUCUGGUACUGGUUUGAAACUUGCAAAAUAAUUUUGUUGGGUGUUGUUUUAUAACUGUUUUAACUUAGAUAUAUUUCUCACUUUGUUGUUUAAUAAUUUGUAAGAAAUUUGUUACUCUUAUUCUACAACAGGAAAAAAAGGGACCCACAUUAGUAUGAGAAAUAUCAAUAUCAAUUAUAGUUUCAACAGUUUAAUCUAAAAUUCAUAAUACUUUGGUCAUCCAAGUGUUAGUACUGUGUCCAGUUUUAUAGAAUCUUAAAGUUUUCUUUGCUAUCUUGUUGGAUUUAUCCAGUUUUAAGGCCAGCAUGUUGGAUUUUCAUGGUACUUUAUUUUGUUUGUAACAGUUUUGUGGUCAACAUAUUAAUUUAGACAUUACUUUUCAUUUAUGGUUUGCUAGGUGUAUUGCAGUCAUAUUAAUGAUCCAAUUGAGACCAUACAGUCAAAGAAAUUUGGUUUAGGAACAAUUUACUUAUGAAAUAAAGCAUAAAACAUCUUUUUGCAGUGAUGAAUUUAUUAAGUGCAUUUGAGAUAUGGAAAGACAUGAAAGGUCACCGAAAAGAAAAAGAAACGAGGCAGAAGUUAGUAGAAAACAUUGUCAGUGUUAUUUAUCCUUAAUUCAGUUUAAUAAAUCUGCACUAAUUAAAAAUAAAGGGAAAAGAUGUAAUAAAUAUUACUAUAUCUUUACAGUCAUUGGCUGAAGGUGGAAAUUUACAAAUGAAAAACAGUACAAAUUUUUAUCAUACUAUCUACCAUGUGUUUUCAAUAAUAAAUGUUUUGAUUCCCUCUAAGCAAUGAUAUUCAUAAAUUUUAAUAUUUUUGUAUUGAUAAUCAUUAAUAGUCUUUGAUCAUAUACAUGCUUUUUAAUGUGUUUAGUUACUAGUUAUUACAGCAUAAUGAUUCUCUUAUUCAUUUUGAUUCAAUUAUGACACAGUACCAUUUUUGAUAACCAACAUUACUGACUAAAAUACAGUUGCUUUUAAAAUGAUAUUUGGUUAUAUCCUUUAACCAGUUGUGUGUUCAGUGGAUAGAUAAUUGAAUAAAUAAAGAAACUGGAUUUCGUAAGUUGUGAUUUAUUUACUCAGUUUUAUGCUGUCUAUUUUCCAAGUACUGGUAAUGAUUGCAUUAACAGAUAUACUGAUUAAAAUACACUACAAGCUGGUUGUAACAUAAAAAGUUUGCUGAAUGGUAAGAAUGUAGUUAUGGAAGUAAACAGUAGUGUUUUAACAGAAUAGUGUUUUAUCAAACUGAAGUAAUAUAAACCAGAUAAUAAUUAUAAUAUCCAUUUUAUGGCUUUUGAUUAAAAUGUAUGUUUUAAAAACAAAACAUAUAGACGUUAGAUAUGUUUGGCAAAAUAUGAUUAGAAAUUGCACCAGUUUGUUAAUAAAAAUGACCUAAAAUUUAGAACUUACUUAUAAUAUGUAUAUAUAUAUAGUAAGGAAAGUUUGUGGAAAUUGUUUACGUUAAAAUUAUUCUAACCGCAUUUAACUUGCCAAAUAAGAUGGGCAUUGAAUA